UACUAAAGCACUUUCCCCCAACCAAGGCAUACAAACAUGGCGGCUUCGUCUGCGACUUCGUUGGACAAACCUGACGAAAAGAAAGCGGAUCGCGACGCGUACUUGUCGCAGCUUGUAGCGCGAUACAACUAUUGUGUGUUGAGGCAUCCGAUAUUGACAAAGAGUGUCACGAGUGCCGUUACUGCAGGACUUGGUAACAUUGUAUCUCAAAAGAUCGUCAAACGUGGAAAAGGUGAACUUGUCGACUACAGACCAGUGAUAGCCUUUUCAACAUUUGGAUUUUGUGUAACAGGUCCUUUGAUCCACUAUUUCUAUGAGGUCCUAGAUAAAAUCAUCCCCAGGCAAGUGUCAUAUUCCAAGGCCAAGAGAUUACUUGUCGACCGUGGCGUGUUUAGUCCUCUCUUUCUGUUGUUGUUCUUCUACGUUGUUGCAAUCCUCGAGGGGAAGUCACAUAAGGAAGCAAUUAUGAAGAUAAGACAGAUGUAUUGGACUGCCCUGAAAAUGAGUUGGAGAGUGUGGAUUGUGUUUCAAUAUGUCAACCUCAACUAUGUCCCCAGACAGUACAGGGUACUCUGUGGAAACAUGAUGUCAUUCCUGUGGAGCAUUUACCUGGCAAGCAAGCGAGCAUAGACGAUUGAACACAAAAAGGAAUUAAUUAAAAUUGCCUUGAACCUCAUACAUGCUUUAUGGCAAAACAUUUUUUGUUAGCAACUAAUGUACAAGAGAUUUCUUUAAUAAAUGAAAUCACUUUUGGUAUGAUUACUCUAAGAUUAUCUAUUUAUCAUUAAAGUAGACUAACGAGUAGCGGCUACAGAACUGUGCCAAUGUUUUAUAUUUUAGAGACUGAGGUUUCUAAUUCAUAGAAGUGAUGGCAUUAGGUUUGAGGUUGUGUCUAGCCACUUGAAUUUAAGUGUGAUUAUUAAUAGACCUUGUAGUACAAUAGGUUAUUAGAUAUUUUACAGGUAUUAUCACUGCAUGUUUUUAAGAGUCUUGCAGUCAAAUACAAAUCAGAAGAAUGAAAAUGUGUAAUGAAACUACACAUUAAAAAGUGUAAAAUUUUAGAGGUUUAUUAUCUUAAAGUAACAUUUUCUUUCCCAAAAACUAAACGUUAUGCUUUUUACAAUUUGAUUGAAUCUAGUUUUCUUUUGCUAGUUGUUUUUGUCCUCAACAACAAAACAUGUCAACUGUUAAUUAAAAGUAUGAAUUGAAUAUUCCAUCUUGUCUAACACAAAAUUGUCAGUCACUUUUUGCUAGCUAUUUUCAACUAGUCCAAGCAUAAUCCUUAGAGAAGAUGACUUGUAACUUGUUCCAAAGUGAUUCCUGAAAAAUUAUUGAUCAGAAGUUAAGAUGUCAUGAUUAAACCCCAUGUUUGUAUAAAAUACUGUUUGUGUUUUGA